UGAUUAUUAUGAGUAAUAUCCGUACGAAUUCAUCUCCUGAAUUACUCCCUACAUCAUCUUCUUUCGUUUGCCCUAAAGAGCACACUUUAGAAGGUGUUGCAACAAUUAUAAAGUUGUUAUCAAAAUUAUUCCAAGAACAUAUUGAGGUGGGUAAUAGAGAUGAUGGCCGGAGAAUGCAAAGAGUUAAAGGGAUGCUAGCCAUCCUUGAUGAUAUUAAACAUCGGAUCCAAAAAUCAGAGUCUUUUGGAAAGAAAAGGGAUGCCGAAUUACGGCGGUGCAACACCGAUGUUCGCCGGACCACCACCGAUAAUCAUGAGUUCAAGUCUAGCCAUAUACCAAAGGACAAGAGGCCACCACCGCCGGAACCGAUAACAAUGGAGGAACAAAAGUUACGAAAGGAGCUAAACGCGAGCAUGGCGGCUCGAAAGAGCCUUGAAAUGAUGUUCUCAAGCUUGGGGAAAGAGAAGGAGAUAAUUGCUGCAGAACUAGCAAGAAAGGUUCAAGAAUUGAAUGAUUUUGAGGAACACCUUAGUGAUCUUAGAGCACAAAAUGAGAAGUUAUUAGCAAAGGUGAAGCUUUGUGUUGUUGAGCACAAAGAAAGAUGUGAUGGAGGAAGAGAAAGUACUCAAGGUAGUGCAGCUCUACAAGAACGAAAUAAGAUGCUUUCGGAUAAGCUACUUAAGUCCCUUAAUGGGUAUCGAUCAUUGAAGAGGAAGUUAAAGGAUUCAAAAGAGGAGAAUGUAAUAUAUCAUACAAAGAUGAGUGAGAUGGCUAUAGAUGUUAGAGCAGGGAUUAAUAAGAUUCAUGAAUUUCAACAGAGAAUCUCUGAGGAGAAGGAAGAACCGGUGGAGAUAGAGGAGGAAUUAUCUGCAUUGGAACAUAUGUUUCAAUGUUUUGAGAUGAAGAUUUCAAAUGAUAAUUACUGCCUGAAGAGAGGGGAAUGUGUUAAACCGAAAAUCGAAAUUAAUGCCGAAAAUCCUUCAGUUCUUGCCUGAGCAAGCGAGCAGGGAGGUGUGGUAGUUC